CACACCACCUGUUUAUACGGCCCAGGCAGCCUCUACAAAAUGUCUGCAGCACAGACUGACCUCGCGAUCUCACAGAAACACGAAUCUGGGAUCGACACGCCCCGCCACCGUGCCCUGCCGGGCUCGUCACUCGACGAGAUCCUGAAACAGUCUGACAAGCCGCUCAUUGCAGUUGACAUGGACGAUGUAUUGAGUGAGACGAACCAAGCUGUCGCUGAUUGGCACAACGAUGUCUACGACACCAACUUAGAUUUGUCGCAGUUUUACUACUACCACUACUGGAAGAACCCCGGCUGGGGCACACCAGACGAAACGUUCCGCAAGGUCGAAGAGAUUUAUGCUUCCGAUUGCCUUGACAAGGCGAAGGCCACGCCCGGUGCGUUCGAAGCUCUGACGAAGCUCAAAGAUUGGGGCUACCGUCUUGUCGUUGUAACCGCCCGACAGCGGCGCGAACUUGAACGCAGCGUGCGAUGGCUCGAAAAGCACUUCCCAGGCAUUUUCGACGACAUGAUCUGCACAGGCCAGAGCCAGGAGACCCUCGCCGACGAGCACGAGGCCCUGACAAAACUUUCGAAAGCGGAUGUCUGCAAGAAGCUCAACGCCAAGUUCCUCAUCGACGACUCGCUCGAAAACGCGCUCUUGUGUGUCACACACGCGGAGCCGAUACCGGUGCUCCUCUUCGGCACGAGCGCGUGGAACGUGCGCGUGUCCAACUACAAGAGCGUCGAGGACGGGCUCAGCUUCGAGCAGCGCCUUGAGAAGGCAGGAGGCAGGGAGUUCUGGAAAGACGAUGUCGCGGCGGUUCCUGAAGGCUUGCCGCUGACGAGGGUCGAGGGCUGGGAAGAAGUCAUUCUUUGGGUCGAAAAACAAAGGAGGGAGGGCAAACUAUAGAUUCACUAUUCAUAUUUGUGCAGUAAGUCAAGAC